UGCUUUAUUUUUGUUCCAUGGCUGUACCAGAGAGGAGAGAGUGUCUGUCUCCGGCAGUGUGCGCUAGUCCUCCGGGAACAGCCGAUUUCAAACAGAUCUGCAGCCGGCUAGCGGCGGGGAGAUGCAGCCGGGCUUGGAAUUAGCUCGCUUCGGUCUACUUUGUUGCUGCUGCUGUCUCCUUGUCCCGGUCCAGAGCUGUGGACCUGGCCGGGGUUACGGCAGGAGGAGACCGUCCAGAAAGCUCACUCCUCUUCUCUACAAACAAUUCAUCCCCAAUGUUGCCGAGAAAACCCUGGGGGCGAGCGGCAGAUCCGAGGGCAAAAUCAGCCGCAGUUCCGAGAAAUUCAAGGAGCUGACUCCCAACUACAACCCUGAUAUUAUAUUCAAAGACGAAGAGGACACCGGGGCUGACCGUCUCAUGACACAGCGCUGUAAGGAUAAAGUGAAUUCAUUAGCAAUCUCCGUGAUGAACCAGUGGCCAGGGGUGAAGCUUCGAGUGACGGAGGGAUGGGACGAGGAUGGACAUCAUUCAAAGGAAUCCUUACAUUAUGAGGGUCGAGCAGUAGACAUCACCACUUCUGACAGAGAUCGCACAAAGUAUGGUACGCUGGCCCGCUUGGCAGUGGAGGCAGGAUUUGACUGGGUUUAUUAUGAGUCAAAAGCUCACAUUCACUGUUCAGUGAAAUCAGAUAAUUCAAUGGCCACCAAAACAGGUGGCUGUUUCCCUUCUGAAGCCACAGUAACACUAGAAGAUGGACAGAUCAGAGCUAUGUCAGAGCUGACUCCUGGGGACCGAGUGCUAACAGUGGAUGCAACUGGCAAGGUGGUCCCCAGUCAAGUGUUGCUUCUACUGGACAAAGAAGAGGAUAUGAGAAUCUCUUUCACUGUGCUAGAGACUGAGAAUCCUCAACACCAUCUAGAACUCACAGCAGCACAUCUCAUCUUUGUUUCUGAUAAUAAUACAGACAGAAUGGAGGAUUUUCGGCCGAUGUUUGCUAGCAGAGUGCAAAUAGGUCACUUUGUCCUCAUGAAAGAGGUUGGCUCAAACCAUCUGCAUUCAUCUAGGAUUAAAGCUGUCUAUGUGAAAGAGGACAUUGGUGCGUAUGCACCACUGACAUCUCACGGCACGCUGUUGGUGAAUAAUGUACUCACAUCUUGUUACGCUGUGAUAGAGAAACAUCACUGGGCACACCUGGCUUUUGCACCUCUUAGACUCUUCCACUCAUUGACUAAUUUGCUACCAUCCUUCCAUUUUAGGCAUGGCAAUGCCACACAAGAGAAUGGCAUCCAUUGGUACUGCAGGUUUCUUUAUAGCCUAGGAGAGAAAGUUUUGGACAAAGAGAAGUUUCACUCUUUAUGAAGAGUUGUGGGAGCAGGAUGGCUUAGUCAGAGGGAGGUUCUGGGUAGCAAGACAACCUUUGUGUAUCUGUGAUACACCAGGUUCAUCCACAUAAGUACCUACAUAUUUUUUCAGCUUUAAGUGGUAUUGCAGACCUCUUGUUCUGUACAAGGGAACUCUGCUCCCCAAGGAUAGAAUUUAUUUUAUGUGUCAGUAAAUAUGCAUCUAGAAUAUAUUUUUCUACGUCACAUAUAUAACUUUUAAUUGUCCCUCUGAAUGUGUAUACUUUAAAUACAUUGCGUCGUUAAUGUAAUCUUGGUUAAAAGCAAACCAGUCUGGGGAAUUAUUAUAAAGUUUAUUUUUGUACUUCUGAAUUGUAAUAUAAUUUUUGGGAUAAAGUCAAUAUUAAUAGAGUUGUUGCAGUAUUUCUAAUAAUCAUUGGAGUAUCUUAUGUUUUGUUAAUUUAAAUUUGUUUUAAUGGAACUAAUGUCUCUCUGACUCUUCUGAGUUUUGUAUCACCUUGGCAGGAAUUGGGUCAGUUGGUAUUGUUCUCACCUACAGUCUUGUCUCUUUAUGAUUCAUUUUCCUGUGUGCAUCAUUAUAUUUUUGCUAUCUGUUUAACUUUGUUCUCUCUCUCCCUACUGAUUUUUUUCCUCACUAUAUCACUCUCCUUUCUUUCUGUUCUCCUUUAGUCCCUCUUCUCCUGUUUCUGUGCCCCUUUUAGUCUCUUUCCCUCCCCUUUUGAUUCUCUUUCUAUUUUGUCUUUAUGUACAUCAUACAGUCAUGGAAUUGUACAGCAUGGAAACAGGUCCUUCAGCCCAUCUACACUAAUGUCACUUAGCUGUGCAAUUUCCAUUUCCCUCAAUAUCCUGCAUAUUAAAGCACCUGUUCAGAUGUCUCUUAAACGUUGUUACUAUUCCUGUUUCCACGCCCCCCUCAGGCAGCUCAUUCUGGAUAUCAGCUACACUCUGUGAAAAACGAACCCCUCAGAUCUCCUUUAUUAUGAAGUGACAACAUUGAGUUUGGUGUCAUUGUUGAAUGUAGCCUGAAUGAGGACCACUUUCAGUGGCAUCAAAGAUUUAAAAAGCAGCACAUCAGAAAGUGUAUUUUUCUAAAACCACAGCAAAGUUCAACUUAAAGGGUUGAUCUUUUCUGAAAUGAUGCUUGUCAAUAGUAAAAUUUAUUAAUCUUAGUUUCCCUACCACUUUAACUUGGCUCUCCAGUCUUGGUUUAGUGCAUUUUAUGUAGCACUAACACUGAUUUCCCACAGAAAUGGGGAGCUGUGAUGGCUUUUAGCUUCCCAUUCUCACCAACUCUUCUACCUUUGGAUAGCCAUAUUAAUUAUAAUUUUUAUAGGUAAUAAUUUAUCUCUUGAUCUUAUUGUGUUUCGAAUUUAAUUAAUAUUCAAUAAUUUUAAUCCUAAUCAAAUUUGAGCAACCUGCAGAUUGCACUGUAGCCUAGUUGGGAACUUGUCCAUAAGUAUGUUAGAUUAGUUUUUCAUUCCUUGUGUAAAUUUAAGACAAUAGGAGAGCAGGAUCCUUUCUCUGCACUAUCCAGGUCCGAAUCCAAUUCUAUCACAGUUUAUAAACCAGUACAAGGAGUUAGUUGAGUGUUUCUAUUAUGAACUCAUGCAGAAAGAAAUGUGCAUUUGCAGAGUACAUCUUUUUGUACUCUGUGUGUGUGUGGUGUGUGUAGUCUUAUUGAAUUCUCUUUGUCUCGACAUACACGCACACUUUGCCAAUCUUUUUAACUCAGUUUGUGCAUGCACAAGUACUUGUUUUAUACUUGUGAAAUCAGACUGAUCUCCAGGUGCACACCUCCACCUUGUUAUUUUAUUUAGACAGGGCAGUCUUUUUUGGGAAACAUUAACCAACCAUUUGCUGCUGGCAAGCAGCUUGGUGUUUCUGUGUAGAGAGCCUCUCCCAGUGUUGUCAGCUGGAAAAUUACCACUGAUCAAUAAAAUGUAAUCCAUCCAGUUAAUGAAUAACUCAAACUUCGGAUUUCCUUUUUUUUGGUUUCCUUGUAUCUUUCCAGUGGAUUCCAGUGAGUUUAUUUGCACACUUUUGUCUGUGUGUGAAGCUGUCUCGUCUCUACAGAGGCCCUUGAUAUACUUUAUUGUGCACAUAAAACUAAGACCCAAAGUCCUGUACCUUGUUGCAUUCCACUUCCCCCAUUGUUCAUUUUAACCCUUUAGCCAUCAUGCAUGAAUCCAAUCAGUCUCUGGGCCCUGUGUCAGCGCAAUCUGAGGAAAACUACUGGGUAAAUUAAAAAUAAUGGUCACAUAAGACUUGCUUGCCUAUCCUUUGAGAAGUCUGGAAGAAUUCCUAUCUUAUAUUUUAAAAAACCCUCUUCACUCCAGUGAUCAAGUAGCUGGUGGAGUCCAUGAAUGGUGAAUUAUCUGCUUAAUGGAAGCAGCAUAAAUUUUGCUCCAUAUUGUAUUUUCUACCUUCCAAAGACAUGACUAUAUGUUGAGGAAAUAUUUUUAAGAUGUUUCCCAUCCUCUGAUAUCUUGCCUACUAUGUAUGAGCUUGGACAAUGAAUAUUGGCACCCUAUUAACAGCCGACUUCUUAAGAUCAAAUCUAGCAACCCAACUGCUGCACUGACAAAGAUCAUCUAACUCAGAUCGACAUUUGAGCCUGUCCCUUUUUGAUCUAUAAGGCUCCAUUCUACUUUCAUGAGUAACAGAAACCACAAAAUAAUAAAAUUACAAUUAGAGAAUACAAUAAAAGUGAAACGUUUACUAUUUGACCUAAGUUAAAUAUUUUUUCUCUGUUUUGCACUUGAGUUACCCAUUUGUUUCAGAAUCAUUCACUUUUUGAUGAGUUAAUCUGUUUCACUUACUGUGAUUUGUUCUUUAGGACCAGUUUCAGUUGAAUAGCCUGUAAUCAUUAACUUUCUGAUCUUGCACAUAAUUAACCACAUGAAUGAAGAAUGAGAGUGCAUCUGUGGCAUCUGCCUCAGCUUGGUGAAAUAUCUUCAGGAGAGAGAGUGAGAACAUUGGGGAAAGCUAAUGUUACUUCUGAUUUCAAAAGGCAUAUAUAGGGGAUACUGUAUUUCAAGUUGUGGAAUACCAUGUUUAGUCCAAGAUUAAAGGAGACAGGUUGUUGCUUAUUAAUUGUAUGUGUCUCUACCAUGAGUGGAAUAAACAUUGUAUUCAGCUACUUUGUGUGCAGAAUUCUUUUAUUUGACAUAUCCAUGCAAUUAUGAGUAAAAUCUUGGCCCAAUAUGUUAAACCUUUUCUAAAGCUUCAAAGUGCAAUUUAAAAAAAGAGAUAUUCCCAUUGAAGAACACUUAGACAUCAAAGAUGCUGCUUUGUUGCUUUAUAUUGAACAAGGAUUUCAUCAAUGACCCUUUCCCCCAUAUGA